ACCUUAUUGAUGGACACAACAGCCGGCCUUCCCAUGGAUUCUGCUCCUUCUCCAGUUUCUGCUGAUGUUGUCUCCUCUCCAAAUGACGACAUCUGCAAUCUGGAAAGUAUGACUUUCCCAGAAAAAUUUGCCUGGGGCUCAGCUACAGCAGCAUAUCAGAUUGAAGGAGGCUGGGAUGCAGAUGAGAAAGGCCCCAGCGUCUGGGACACGUUCACCCACCAGGGAGGAGAUCGAGUUUUCAAGAACCAGACCGGCGACAUAGCUUGUGGCAGCUACUCUCUGUGGGAGGAAGAUUUGAAAUGUAUCAAACAGCUUGGGUUGACUCAUUAUCGUUUUUCUCUUUCCUGGUCACGUCUGUUACCUGAUGGGACGACAGGUUUCAUCAACCAGAAAGGAGUUCAUUAUUACAACCAAGUGAUCAAUGGGCUGCUCUCCAUCGGCGUCACCCCGGUGGUGACGCUGUAUCACUUUGACUUACCUCAGCAUUUAGAAGACCAAGGCGGCUGGAGAUCCGACGCCACAGUGGAGGCGUUUAACGCGUAUGCCCAGUUCUGCUUCCAAACCUUCGGGGACCGGGUGAAGCUGUGGAUCACCAUUAAUGAACCGCACGUUGUUGCUGUGUACGGCUAUGAAAAGGGAAUUAUAGCGCCGGGUGUCUCCAUGCCCGGUAUCGGUGCCUAUCUGGCAGCCCACCAUAUGAUCAAGGCUCAUGCCGAAGCUUGGCACACUUACCACCAACUCUUUCGGGAACAACAGGGUGGACUUGUGUCCAUAGCCCUCGACUCCGAUUGGGCCGAACCCUUCGAUCCGACUUCCCUCGCUGACCGGGAAGCUGCCAAGAGGCAUAUCGCGUUUUCCUUGGACUGGUUCGCCACCCCGAUCUUCCUCCACGGCGACUAUCCGGCUAUGAUGAAAUCGAAGAUUUCUACUGCGUGCACGGAGCCAGGCUCUCCGUCUUCACGGCUUCCUGAAUUUACCGAACGAGAGAAGGCCAGGAUCAAAGGCACGGCCGAUUUCUUUGCCCUCAAUUAUUACACCGCCCGCAAAGUUAAACACUCGGAUCACAAGCCUGGCCAGCCGAGUUUGUCUGCAGACAAAGAAGCCGAACAAAUCAUAGAUCCAUCCUGGCCUGUGGCAACUGGGAAUUCUUGGCUGGCAGUUGUCCCCUGGGGUUUACGGCGGCUGUUGACGUACAUCAAGGAUACGUACAAUCACCCCGUAAUUUACAUCACCGAGAACGGGUUCUCCCAAAGUGACCCGGCUCCCGUGGAUGACGGCCCUCGCUGGGAGUAUUUUAGGCUGACUCUACAGGAGAUUUUAAAAGCGAUUUACGCCGACGGCGUCCGAGUGAAGGGCUAUUUUGUCUGGUCUCUCCUGGACAACUUUGAAUGGAUUUGUGGAUACAGCUCUCGGUUUGGGCUCUUCCACGUAGAUUUUGAAAACUCGGCAUUGCCCCGAGUGCCUUAUAAAUCUGCCAUUAAAUAUGCAAAAGUCAUCGCCAACAACGGGCUGGAGAAAUCACCUAGAUAACAGAUGAACAUCAACGGACUGGACGGGACGGUCUUUUUAAAACGGGAUGUGGGUUUUUAAUAAACGUCCGUCCAAAGCGCGAUCAGCAAAAUUGCAGGUAUAAGAACAAUAACUACACAGGGGAUGUAAAACCUACAUACCGCAAGACGUGGCUUUUUAAAAAAAUAAACUCGAAAUGCUGGGUGGCUAUUAUGUACUACUUCCACAAUGUUUAUUAUUGGACCGGGCAGAAAUUCAUUAAGAUAAACCUAAGUAAUUAACCCACAUUGAU